CAAUUAUCCUCCUCUUUGCACGUAGAGAGAGAAAUAAAAACAAAGCCCCAAAAAGAAAAACCGAGAAGAACUCGGAGCUUUUACAGCUUUAAUACGACGCCGUACUGCCUCUCUGUUCGGACAAACCAAGCCAGUUCCGAUCUCAUUCGUAGGUCAACUCUCGGUCAGUCGCGGCGAGGAAAGUCUCCGGAUCCGGCGUCGUUUUGCCCCCAACUUCCGCGGAUCUAGAAACGCCGACACCUCCGUUUUCGAGCUUAGCGGGAGAGUCGGCAAUUAAAAAAAUCAAAAAAAGAAAAAGGAAAAAGCUUGUGAGCAAAUCGGACGGCGGAGAUGGCGCCGACGACGAUUCGGAAGGCGAUCGGGGCGGUGAAGGACCAGACGAGCAUCGGGAUCGCGAAGGUGGCGAGCAACAUGGCGCCGGAGCUGGAGGUGGCGAUCGUGAAGGCGACGAGCCACGACGACGAUCCGGCGGGCGAGAAGUACAUCCGGGAGAUCCUCAACCUCACAUCCUACUCGCGUGGCUACGUCAACGCCUGCGUAGCGGCGGUGUCGAAGCGAUUGGGGAAGACGCGCGACUGGAUCGUGGCCCUGAAGGCGCUGAUGCUGAUCCACCGCCUCCUCAAUGACGGCGACCCUCUGUUCCAGGAGGAGAUCCUCUACGCCACCAGGAGAGGCACCAGGCUCCUCAAUUUGUCUGAUUUCAGGGACGAGGCCCACUCCAGCUCUUGGGAUCACUCCGCGUUCGUCAGGACUUAUGCUAUGUAUUUGGAUCAGCGCCUUGAGUUGAUGCUCUUCGAGAGGAAGAGCUUUUUCGGCGGCGGAGGAGGAGGAGACGAUAGGUUUGGUGCUAGGGAGAGGGACAAUUUUCGGUCGCCGCCGCCGAGGCCGUACGAGUACGAUUACGGGGAUUCGAGAUCCGGAGGGGAGUCCGGAUCAUACGGAGGGAUAAGGCGGUCGAGAUCGUACGGCGACAUGAACGAGUCGGCGGGGCGAGGGGAAGGGAGAGAGGAGAACAAGAGGCCUGUGACGCCGUUGAGGGAGAUGAAGCCGGAGAAGAUUUUCGCCAAGAUGGGUCAUAUGCAGAGGCUCUUCGACCGGUUCUUGGCUUGUCGGCCGACGGGGUUGGCCAAGAACAAUAGGAUGAUUCUGAUCGCGUUGUAUCCCGUCGUUAGAGAGAGCUUUCAGCUGUACGCCGAUAUUUGUGAGGUUUUGGCUGUUUUGUUGGAUAAAUUCUUCGAUAUGGAGUAUCCGGAUUGUGUCAAGACCUUUGAUGCUUAUGCUAGUGCGGCGAAGCAGAUCGACGAGCUAAUUGGGCUCUACAGUUGGUGUAAGGAUACGGGGGUUGCGAGGUCGUCGGAGUACCCGGAGGUGCAGAGGAUUACCGGGAAGCUUUUGGAGACAUUGGAGGAAUUUGUUAGGGAUAGAUCUAAGAGACCUAAGAGCCCGGAAAAGAAAGAGGAGCUUCCUGCGCCUGUGCAGGAGGAGGAGCCGGUGCCUGAUAUGAACGAGAUAAAGGCGCUGCCUCCGCCGGAGAAUUAUACUCCUCCUCCCCCACCUGAGCCAGAGCCCAAGCCCCAACUGCAACCACAAGCGACCAAUGAUUUGGUCGAUUUGAGGGAGGAUUCAGUGACGGCCGAUGAUCAGGGCAACAAGUUGGCCCUGGCAUUGUUUGCUGGUCCAGGUACUAACAAUGCCAACGGAUCAUGGGAGGCAUUCCCAUCUAAUGGAUCGGACCCGCAAGUGACCUCUGCCUGGCAGACACCUGCAGCAGAACCCGGCAAGGCUGAUUGGGAACUCGCAUUGGUGGAGACAGUGAGCAACCUGGCGAAUCAGAAGGCAAACAUGGGCGGUGGGCUUGACCCCUUGUUGUUGAAUGGAAUGUACGAUCAGGGAAUGGUGAGGCAGCACGUUAGCACUGCCCAAUUGGGCGGUGGAAGUGCCAGCAGCGUGGCGCUGGCUGGCCCGGGAAAGAGCGCAACUCCGGUGUUGGCUCUCCCUGCGCCAGAUGGAACAGUGCAGGCUGUAAAUCAGGAUCCUUUCGCUGCCUCGUUGACCAUUCCACCGCCUUCUUACGUGCAAAUGGCUGAUUUGGAGAAGAAGCAGACUUUGUUGGUCCAGGAACAGAUGGUGUGGCAACAAUAUUCAAAGGAUGGAAUGCAGGGCCAAACUAGCUUGGCCAAGAUUGGUGGCGCCGGACACAAUGGCAUGGCUGCGAGCCCUUAUCCUUAUGGAAUGCCGCCUGUCAACGGAAUGGGGCCACCGGCCGGGUAUUACUACACUCCUUACUGAUUUUUGUUUUAAAUUUUUUAUAGAUGAGUGUUUCUCUCUCUUUUUUUUUAUCUAUA